AUGGCGGAAGACACAGCCUUUGAUGACCUUUUUAACUACGAUGCCGGAAUCGAAGAUCUAUUGCGCGAUCCAGAAGAAGAGAAAAAUGACGGGAGGGCUUCUGGAACGGGAACGGGGAGUACGGAGAAUAAGAACGAUGACCUAGUUGGCCUCGAAGAAAUUAAAAUCACUAGGAAAAGAGCACCACCAGUGAAGCUCGAUGAAAACCGACUACUUUCCCAGGCGGGAAUUCCUAAGCUACGAAAAUCUGCAAAAACGAAGCUAAAGUUUAAGGGAAAGCGUCACGAGUUUUCGGAUGUUGCACGUCUUCUGAACUUCUACCAGCUUUGGCUAGACGACCUAUACCCGCGCGCAAAGUUCGCGGACGGCCUGUCAAUCAUUGAAAAGCUGGGCCACACAAAACGCAUGCAGGUCAUGCGGAAAGAGUGGAUUGAUGAAGGCAAGCCCGGCCGAAAUUUAUACGACAGUAAUGCCACCUCCCUCGACCCCAAUAGCGAUAAUAGAGGCGACAAAGACACGGCAGAUCCAACAAUUCCUUCCAUCUUUCAACGAACACUGGAGCAGAGCGCUCCAGCUAUGGAAGCUCAUCGGAACGAUCAAGCAGAGAGCACUCAUAGCCCUAAGCGUCUUUCCGACUCAGAAAUACCAUCCAUCUUUGGCGGUGGCAAGGCAAUCUCAUUAAGGAACAAUGCCGACGACGAUGAUGAUCUUUUCGUCCCUGGAAAUGAAGGCAUGGACAUCGAUCCUCCAGUCCAAGCCUCACAAGUACCCGAAGAAGAUGACCUCGACACAUUUCUUGCAGAGCAAGAAAGCACAAUGCAAAAUACGGCCCAUGGGUUAGGAAUACUAAAGCCAAAUGCCCCACCAGCGGACGAAGAGGACGACUUAGACGCCCUUCUCGCCGAGGCAGAAAAUACACCUGCGCGUGCACCGAAAACUGGUCACCUAGAAGUGAAUCGCCCAGCUGCGGAUGAUUUCGAUGAUGAAUUACAUAUGUUGAAUGAAUUCGGAUUGUAA